GAUCAUGUUUAUUUGACUCCAGAACAUCUUGGUGAACCAUAUUAUAUUGGUCGUAUUAUGGAAUUCUGUAAGGUGCGUAAAAGAAAAGGACUUCAAGUUCGUGUGGCCUGGUAUAACCGACCUAAAGAUGUUUUCAAUCGAAGAUGGUAUGAUGCCAAUCUAUUGAUUGCUACUAUGAAUUCUGACUUGAAUCCAGUUUCUUCUAUUCGUGGCAAGUGUACUGUUCUUCACAAACAUUAUAUUCCCAAGGAUCAAUUUGAACUUUAUCGAAACUCUGAAGAUCAUUUUUAUUAUACUCAACUCUAUGAUCGUUAUAUGCAACGUGUUUAUGAUCUUUUACCUUGUGAAUUGGUUCAAAAUGUGCCUAUGGAUGUACGAGAAGCUCUUUGUCAACGUUAUCAAUUUAUCAUUGUUGAACAAGGAAAAGCCGCUGAUCUUACUAGUGCUAGACGUAUUUGUUGUGUUUGUCAAAAUUGGUGUAAUAGUGCAAGUUCUGUGAAAUGCGCUGGUUGUCAGAAAAGUUAUCAUAUGACAUGUCUUUCUCCUCCUUUAACUCGUAAACCUUCUAAAGGUUUUGCAUGGCAAUGUGCUUUCUGUUCCAAGAAAGAAAUCGAAGAAUUAUCAAAAUCAUCAUCGACAUCAUCAACAUCAUCAUCUCAUGGGAAUGAAGAAUCAUCACAAUCAUCAUCAAUAACAUUACCAUCUUCUUCUACAUCUAUUAGCCGAUCAUCAGAUGCUGUUAAACGUAUUCCUCGAUUAAGAUCUCAACAACAACAACGGCAACAGCAACAACAAAAUCUGCAACAGCAACAAAAGCAACCUCAACAACAAAAUGGACAAUCAACGACUGAAAAAAUUUCUGAUCCAAGUCAAGUUAGAACAACUCAUAUGUGGCCAUUCCGAUAUUUUGGUGUCAAUACAAAUAUUAAGGACAUUUUGGAUAUUGAUGAUCGUAUUUACCCACGUGCCGCUAGUCGAAUUGGAGCCAAAUAUCAAGCAACCGUACCUGAUUGGAAAGAACCUUCUGAUUAUGAUACAACAAGUAGCAUGAAACAAAUGACAUUAUCUCCUUCAUCCACUCCACCUCUAUUACCCUCAAUUUCUGUCAUCAAUACGUCUUCUUUGGAAACUUCAUCACCUAGUAAUAAUACAACUUCUCCUACGAAAAGAUUGGAAAGACGAGGAAGACCUUCUAAACGGAAAGAUGCUGCUAGCCCGAGUAGAUCUAUAUCUGAUGAUUCUUUGGUCAUAGAAGAUGAUAGACCAGUGAUCCGUGGUACUGAUGAUACAGUUGUACCUUUGUUUAGUCAGCCUAAUAGAUUGAAUGAAGACGAAUUGGAUACUUAUAUCAGCAAAGUUCAAUCACUUCCCAACUUACCAUUUGCAUCUUAUUCAUCGGAUGCAUACGAUUUGGCGUUAUCAAUGCUGGAAGAAAAUAUGUACGACACAAAUGCUGCAUUAAACAAAAUUCGACAAGUGACCAAGGACGAUUUUUCUUUUCUAGUGACAUGGCAAGCAGAUGAAAUCCAGGCAUUCGAACAAAGUAUCCGGGAACAUGGACAUGAACUCUUAUUUGUCAAACAACGCAUUCCUACCAAAUCCAUGGCUGAUAUUGUACGCUUUUUUUAUCAAUGGAAGAAAUCUGAUCGGUAUGAACCUGUUUAUUCUGUAUGGACCAAAGUAUUUCGACCCACCAAACGAUUCAAGAAACAUACUCGAUCGAUUAUGGAUUAUGAGGAAGACGACACUACUUUGGAGUUCGCGGCAGAUCCUACUGUUGUACCAUCCACAGCCAUUAGCAAAAACAACAAACCAUUCCAAUGUCUCAACUGCAAUACGACUCAUUCUACAUUUUGGCGGAGGGUACCUGGUGAUACCGAUCGAAAACGAAAGAUAUUCGAUGUUGUUUUAUGUAAUGAUUGUGGAAUUCAUUGGCUCAAAUAUGGUAAAAGACGUCCUGUAGUUACUGAAUCUAUAGCGCAAUCCAAUGGUAAUACUUCUAACUCUCGUGGCCGUGGUCGUCCUAACAAGGUGAUCAGUUCUAAUUUGAAACGGAAACGUAGCGAAAAUGAAAAUGAUACCAUUGGAAAAAAGGUGAAAGAAGAUCGCUCACUAGUGGAAAGACAGCCAAUAUCAUCUGUAUGUCAAGUUUGUCAUUCUAUGGAUCAACCAAAACGACUUAUUUCAUGCUCUGACUGUCAUCUAGUGGUUCAUGAUGAUUGCUUUGGUGUGGAAAAGAAAAGCACAAAUUAUUGGCAAUGUGAUGUGUGUAAAAACAAGAAGAAACCUUCUGUCUCUUACUUAUAUCAAUGUGUACUUUGCGGGAAGGGAUCCAAAGGAAAUCAAGAAAUCAUGAAACCAACUUCUGGGUACAAUUGGGCUCAUAUUACUUGUGCAUUAUUUAUACCUCAAGUCAAAUUUAUCAACGCUACUACUAUGAGUCCAAUUGAAUAUGCAGGAUCCAUUCCGAACACAAAAAGGAAACAGACAUGUCAAGUUUGCUAUUGUUCUGAUAAUGGUGCUUAUCUUUCUUGUAGCGAUGACAGUUGCCAAAAAGAUGUGCAUGUGCAUUGCGCUCUGGAACAAGGAUACUGGACUGGAUUCACUAUACAUGCUAUAUCGUCUCCUUCAUCAUCAAUACGCAAGAUCAAUGAACUUCCAUCUAAACCCAUAGUACCUUUUGGAACUUUUGGCAAGGAUUCUUCUAGUGGGAUCAUGAUACCUCAAAUAUUUUGUCCUCAACAUAUUCCAUCAUCUUCAAGAAAAGAUCUGUAUCCUUUGACUACCCGUACAGUUGAAAAUAAGUCCUGGAUAUCUAUCUAUGCUCCUUUGUACAAAUCUAUCGAUCCAAAUACAACACCUGCCAUGCGUCGCUAUGCUGCCUGGUGUCAACGCAAUGGUCAACCUGCACCUCAGUAUUUAUCUUUUAUUCUACCAAACACUGUCAGUACAAAUAUUGAUAGUGAGGAUUUGACAGUAAAUGGAAAGAAAUUGAUUCAUGACAGUACCAACAAUAAAUCACACCGAUCACGAUGUCUUACGGACUUACUGGAUCAAUCAUGUAGCUUGUGUCCUGUCGUUAACUCUCCUUUCUGGUGGAAUAUGAGCGAAGUGAAAUCAUCUAUGGUGAACAGCAACAAUAACAACACGGAUAAAAGUAUAGACUUGGAUAACAAACUCAUCUGUCAACGAUGCUACUGUGACUUUCAACGUCAACCUGAUCAUCAUGGAACACCAAAACUGCAAUCUACAGUAGAUUAG